AAGGAAAAAGAAUAUACAGUCUCGCCAAGACUUGUCCAAAAGGCCAACCGCCCCGCCCCUCUUCCCCUCUUAGUCUCCCGCAGCCACCGACGACGAAGAGUGCGAGAGAGGCGAACCAACUCUCCCCCUCUCCUCUCCCGGCUGUCGAAGAAAAGAGGAGGAGGAGCGCGGGCGAGUGAGAUGGUGUUCAAGGGACGUUUCUUCUCCUCGAAGAAGUCCGACUCCUCGUCCAGCCCCGAUGGAUCCAACAGCCCCCGCACCCCAACCCUUGGCUCCCCCUCCACCGCCAGAUCCGACAAGAUGAAGGCCAAAUCCUCCGACGCCGCCUCCGGCCAUACCCUCGUCGGGAACGCGGUCGAGAAGCACCACCUCCAUGAGCAGCAGCAGCAGCAAAAGGAGAAGAAGAAGAAGGGCAAGGACGCCAAGGAUUCCAAGGGGAAGGAGGCCACCCUUGCCCCUUCCCCGCUGGCCCUCUCCACCCCGGCCAAGCCCCGCAAAGGGCCGGCCGCGUGCCAGGAUGGCGUCGGACCACCGCCCGCGUCCCCCAGUUCGGAGUCCCUCUCCCCGAUCCUGGCCUCCUCGCUUGGCCUCAAUCGGAUCAAAACUAGAUCCGGGCCGUUGCCGCAGGAGGGCCUCCGCGGAGACCACCGGAUGUCGGCCCUCAAGAAUAGCAACUUGUCCAGAGGCGCUGGCCCCGACCCAUCGUUGGCUUCGUCCGGUUCGGCAGCAACUGCGGGAAGAAUUGGUGGUGCCGGUAGUAGUGGGCCGAAGAAGGAUGGAAGGAGCCUAGACAAGGUUCCUCAGUCGUCUGCUGGUUCUUGGGCUGGCAACCAGUGGUUCGCAGCUAGUGCGGAUGCUUCGUCUGGCCAGCAGGGAAGAAGUGGUAAAGCUAAAUUAUCAUGGAACAAAUAUGAGGGUUUUAAAAAUCAGUCUACAUUUACUUCAGAAGCAGAGAGCCCUUAUGAUGGUUGUGAAACCCCAAAGGAGUCUGAAUCUCCCCGCUUUAAAGAAAUUAUGCAGGCGACAAGUGCACCCAGGAAGAAAAAUCCUGGAGAUGUGAAGAGUUUUUCACAUGAGCUAAGUUCCACAGGAGUACGACCAUUCCCAUUUUCAAUGCCUCGAAGUACAUACAAUUUGAAGGAAGUCUUGAAAGUUAUUCAGAUGAAAUUUGAGAAAGCAAAGGAAGAGGUGAACUCGGAUCUGGCAAUUUUUGCUGGUGAUUUGGUUAGCAUAAUGGAGAAAAAUCUAGAAAACCAUACUGAGUGGAAGGAAAUUUUGGAAGAUCUGUUGAUACUUGCUCGGAGCUGUUGUGUUAUGACACCUGGGGAGUUCUGGCUUCAGUGUGAAAGCAUAGUUCAGGAUUUGGAUGAUCGUCGCCAGGAGCUUCCCUCAGGAAUGCUAAAAAAACUUCAUACCCACAUGCUUUUUAUCCUUACUAGAUGCACGAGAUUACUACAGUUUCACAAGGAAAGUGGAUUUGCCGAGGAUGAGAUAAUUAUGUAUCCAGGAUCUAAGAUUGUGCAUUCUGCCGAGGUACCAUCAGGACCAACAAAAGAUAAGAAAUGUACCGAGGCUGAAAAGAACUCCAUGGAAGCAGUCAUUUCAAGGAAGUCCCAUAGUCAAGAGCAACGCAAUCUAAAAUGGAAAAGAAGCCAGGAGAUGCCAGUCGGCUUCUUCCCACAACUUGAUGUUGCAAAGGAUGUUCUACCUUCUACUACCAGGGAACGCAUAGCUUCUUGGAAGCCUCUACCUUCUCCUGCAACAAAGAAUCAGAAAGAGUCUGGCCUGCUUGCAGAUGAAUUGACCAAUCAGAAAGUUGAUUCCAUGCACCUGAGUAAAACCUUAAAUGAAGGUGUAAUACUGCCUAAUCUUCCUGAGCAAACUAACCUUAUUGAUGCCUCUGCACAUCUAUCAGCUCCUUCCAAGCAUCAGCACAAAGUUUCAUGGGGCUACUGGCCUGAUCAGCAGAGUAUUUCUGAAGAAGGUUCAAUUAUGUGCCGCAUCUGUGAGGAGUAUGUUCCUACUAUGUAUGUGGAGGAACACUCAAAAGUUUGUGCUGUCGCAGAUAGGUGUGAUCAGAAAGGUUUAAGUGUUGAUGAGCGUCUCAUCAGAAUAGCUGAGACCCUAGAGAAGAUGGUGGACUUCUACACACAGAAAGAUCUCCCUAAUGUAACUGGAAGUCCAGAUGUUGCCAAAAUUUCUAAUUCAAGCAUGCCUGAAGAAUCUGAUAUUUCAUCACCAAAAUUUAGUGAUUUGUCACGGCAAGGUUCGGUUGACAUGCUUGACUGUCUUCACGAGUCUGAGAAUCCUAUUUUCCUAGAUGACCUAAAAAAUCUGUCAUCAAUGACAUGCAAGACCCGUUUUGGUCCAAAGUCUGAUCAAGGAAUGACUACCUCAUCAGCAGGAAGCAUGACUCCCCGAUCGCCUUUAAUGACACCAAGGGCUAGUCAUAUAGACAUGCUUUUGACUGGAAAGAAUACACUUCCUGAGAGUGAUGAUUUUCCACAGAUGAUUGAACUUGCUGAUAUUGCUCGAUGCAUAGCAAAUACUAUGUCGGAUGAAGAAAGAUCCUUGAAUUAUUUAGUCUCAUGUUUAGAAGAUCUACAGGAAGUUAUGACUCGUCGGAAGCUUGAGGCACUUACUGUACAGACAUUUGGAACCCGUAUAGAGAAGCUCCAUUGCGAGAAGUACUUGCUGCUUUGUGAUUCAAUAACUUCACUCGAUGCUGAAAAGGUUGAAACUACAUGUACCGUUAUGGAUGAAGAAGAAGAUGUAGUUCACAGCUUAAGAGCAAGUCCUGUUCACCCUACUUCUAAGGAUCGAACAUCUAUAGAUGAUUUUGAAAUUAUUAAGCCUAUCAGUCGCGGGGCAUAUGGUCGGGUUUUCUUGGCUAAGAAAAGAACUACAGGAGAUCUUUUUGCAAUAAAGGUUCUAAAAAAGGCAGAUAUGAUCCGCAAAAAUGCUGUUGAGAGUAUAUUGGCUGAACGAGACAUUCUAAUUACAGUUCGCAAUCCUUUUGUGGUUCGAUUUUUUUAUUCUUUUACUUCUCGGGAGAACUUAUAUCUUGUGAUGGAAUACUUGAAUGGGGGAGACCUAUACUCAUUAUUAAGAAAUUUAGGUUGCUUGGAUGAAGAUGUUGCUCGCAUUUACAUUGCUGAAGUUGUUCUUGCAUUGGAAUACCUACAUUCCUUGGGAGUGGUGCAUCGUGAUUUGAAGCCAGACAAUUUACUGAUUGCUUAUGAUGGUCAUAUCAAGUUGACCGACUUUGGUCUUUCCAAGGUUGGUCUUAUUAACAGUACAGAUGAUUUAUCUGGUCCUGCUGUUAGUGGGACAUCAUUGUAUGGAGAAGAUGAUACCCAUGCGUUUGCAUCUGAGCGAUUGAGUCAGCAAGAACGGCGCAAGAAACGCUCUGCUGUUGGCACACCUGAUUAUUUAGCACCCGAAAUACUUCUAGGAACUGGACAUGGCGCAAGUGCAGAUUGGUGGUCAGUUGGUGUCAUUCUCUUUGAGCUCAUUGUUGGAAUUCCACCUUUCAAUGCAGAACAUCCGCAGAAAAUUUUUGACAAUAUUCUGAAUCAAAAAAUACCUUGGCCUCAAGUACCUGGAGAGAUGAGCUUUGAGGCUCAAGAUCUUAUUGACAAAUUAUUGACUGAAGAUCCUCAUCUAAGACUUGGAGCACAAGGUGCACCAGAAGUCAAGCAACAUGUGUUUUUCAAAGAUAUUAAUUGGGACACACUUGCAAGGCAGAAGGCUGCAUUUGUUCCUUCAUCUGAUAGUGCACUUGAUACCAGCUACUUCACCAGUCGUUAUUCUUGGAACCCAUCAGACGAACAGAUAUACGAAGCCAGUGAAUUUGAGGAUUCAAGUGAUAAUGGAAGCAUAAGUGGAAACAGUAGUUGUAUAAGCAACCACCAUGAUGGUGUGGGUGAUGAAUGUGGGGGUCUUGCUGAGUUUGAUUCAAAUACAUCUGUGAAUUAUUCAUUCAGUAACUUCUCAUUCAAGAAUCUAUCGCAGCUUGCAUUAAUCAACUAUGAUUUGCUUAGCAAGGGCGGGAAGGAGGAUCUGCAGGAGAAGUCUGAAACUUAAUUUGCAUUCCUUUUAUAAGUUUUUCAUUUGAACAGAUUCUUCAAGAACUUCAUGUUUCAUGUACAUCUUGUAAAUAGAUACAAGCUAAAGGCAACUCCAGGGUGGUGCUUUUUGUCAUGUAGGCCACUGCUCCAUGGCUGCCUACAAUAUAUAUAUAUAUAUGUUUGGAGUAAUAAGUCAUUUUUGUGGUUCAUUCUCCAUGAGAUGGCUUUACCCAUGGGAAUGGCCUUGGUUUGAAACAACCAUGCAAAAAGGGACAUUGCUAAAUAUUCCCCUUGACUGGUAAUAUGCCCUGUGCAACUAGCUUAGAUAAUGGUCUAUGUUUCGCAUAGCCUUUUUUACUGGUGAAACAUGGAUAAUUUGCCUGAUACUUGAAGAGGGAAGGAGCUGUUUGUACAAGUACUUAAGAGCAAGGUGUGAGGACUGAUCCUAAGAUAACACUUGGGAAUGGAUCUCAUGUCCUUCCACUCACAACUUUGUAACUAGUCGAGAUUAUGAUCCUUGUGGCCUAUCAUGGUUAUUCUCUGUGGACACGUGUGCCGGUGCUGUGUGAUGCUUAUGCACAAUCUUUUGUUGUGCGCUUGAUGGAUUAGUGAGCAUGUUUGUAGGAGCGCAUGUUUUUUUGGGAGGUACAUGUAUGAUUACUUUACCCUAUUCAAAUUACAAUCUUUUUUCCAUUGUCACACCAACUCAGAUUUCUCCUCUCUCCAUUUUGAUGUCGAGGCAAAUAAUUUAUCUUCUAAUGUCUGGGGGAUGUUUGUAUGUAUAAUUGUUUGAUAUUCUAGUGAGAAUUUUAUA